AGACAGACAGAGCAGAGUCAGGGACUUGCUACCAUUCUGUCAAAGUCUCCAUCAUUUUCUGUUUUGUUUUUUUAUUUAUCCACAGCUUUAUGAAUCUCUACACAUUUUUUCGGGAUUACAUUCAUUUCGGAGGAAUUUGAAAGGCGCCGCUUCCUCUUUGGUUGGGUUGUUUUCCUGUCCUGCGCAGUGGAUGGUCUUUGAGCAGCGGCAACGGCAGACGCCCGGGCUUGUUGAGCAGGUGUGAGAGACAGCGGGGACCGCUCCUCUCCUCCCUGUUUCCAAGGGGAAAUGUCGAGCGAGAAGCCGGUUUCAGCACCACCGAGCUCCGCUUCCUCGCUCGCGGACUCUGACUCCCAUCUUCCGCUGGGCUUCUCCUGCCCGCCGCCGCCUCAGGUCGCCGCGGGCGCUGGCUCCGGCUCCACCGCGGAAAGGAUGGUGUCUGCGGCCGGCUCUAUGGUCCUCCCCGCCGGGGUGAUCAACCCCGCGGUUCCGAUCAGGAAUAUCCAAAUGAAAUUCGCCGUGCUGGUGGGCCUGAUCCAGGUCGGGGAGGUUAGCAACAGGGACAUCGUGGAGACGGUUCUCAACCUGCUGGUGGGUGGCGAAUUUGACCUGGAGACGAACUUCAUCAUCCAGGAGGCGGAAAGCAUCGGCUGCAUGGUGGAGCUGCUGUCCCACUGCGAGGUGACAUGCCAAGCCGAGAUCUGGAGCAUGUUCACAGCCAUACUGCGCAAGAGUGUGCGCAACCUGCAAACCAGCACAGAGGUGGGCCUGAUCCAGCAGGUGCUGCUCAAAAUGAGCACUGUGGACGAUAUGAUUGCAGACCUCCUGGUGGACAUGCUGGGAGUCCUGGCCAGUUACAGCAUUACAGUCAAGGAGCUUAAGCUGCUCUUCAGUAUGCUGAAAGGAGACAAUGGCAUCUGGCCAAGACAUGCGAUCAAACUCCUGUCAGUGUUGAACCAGAUGCCUCAGAGACAUGGUCCGGAUACCUUCUUCAACUUUCCGGGACGCAGUGCAGCGGCUAUAGCAUUACCCCCAAUCGCCAAAUGGCCCUACCAGAAUGGAUUCACUAUCAACACUUGGUUCAGACAGGAUCCACUCAAUAACAUCAAUGUGGACAAAGAUAAACCAUACCUUUAUUGUUUUCGCACAAGUAAAGGAAUCGGUUACUCUGCCCACUUUGUGGGAAACUGUCUCAUCGUGACCUCACUAAAGUCAAAAGGAAAAGGCUUCCAGCACUGUGUGAAAUACGAUUUUCAACCUCGCAAGUGGUACAUGAUCAGCAUCGUCCACAUCUACAACCGCUGGAGGAACUCAGAGAUCCGUUGUUAUGUCAACGGACAGCUGGUCUCCUACGGUGACAUGGCCUGGCACGUCAACACCAAUGACAGCUAUGACAAAUGUUUCCUGGGUUCUUCAGAAACAGCGGAUGCAAACAGAGUGUUUUGUGGCCAGCUGGGAGCUAUCUAUGUUUUCAGCGAGGCUCUCAACCCAGCUCAGAUCUUUGCCAUCCACCAGCUUGGCCCAGGAUACAAGAGCACGUUCAAGUUCAAGUCCGAGAGCGACAUCCACCUGGCCGAGCACCACAAGCAGGUGCUGUACGACGGCAAGCUGGCCAAUUCCAUCUCCUUCACUUACAACGCCAAGGCGACGGACGCCCAGCUCUGCUUGGAGUCUUCGCCGAGGGAAAACCAAUCCAUCUUCGUCCAUUCGCCGCACGCGCUCAUGCUGCAGGAUGUGAAGGCCAUUGUGACCCACUCCAUCCACAGUGCCAUUCACUCCAUAGGAGGCAUCCAGGUCCUGUUCCCGCUCUUUGCUCAACUGGACUUCAAGCAGCUCAACGACAGCAGUGUGGACACCACCGUCUGUGCCACCCUGCUGGGGUUCCUGGUGGAGCUGCUGAAAAGCUCAGUGGCGAUGCAGGAGCAAAUGCUGGGAGGGAAAGGCUUUCUGGUGAUCGGGUAUCUGCUGGAGAAGUCGUCACGAGUCCACAUCACCCGGGCGGUACUCGAGCAGUUCCUAUCCUUUGCCAAGUAUCUGGAUGGUUUACCUCAUGGAGCGCCGCUCCUCAAACAGCUCUGUGACCAUGUCCUCUUCAACGCUGCCAUCUGGAUACACACCCCUGCCAAGGUUCAGCUGUCCCUGUACACGUAUUUGUCGUCGGAGUUCAUCGGCACGGCCACCAUCUACACCACCAUUCGGCGUGUGGGCACAGUCCUGCAGCUGAUGCACACGCUCAAGUACUACUACUGGGCGGUAAACCCUCUAGAGUGCAGCGGAAUCAGCCCGAAAGGUCUCGAUGGGCCAAGGCCAUCCCAGAAGGAGAUCAUUUCACUGCGAGCCUUUAUGCUUCUUUUUCUCAAGCAGCUAAUACUGAAGGACCGGGGCGUGAAGGAAGAUGAGCUGCAGAGCAUCUUGAACUAUUUACUUACCAUGCAUGAGGAUGAGAAUAUUCACGAUGUGCUCCAGCUGUUAGUGGCUCUUAUGUCUGAACAUCCAGCAUCCAUGAUCCCUGCUUUUGACCAGAGAAAUGGCAUAAGAGUGAUCUGUAAGCUUCUGGCCUCCAAGAGUGAAAGUAUUCGGGUUCAGGCCCUUAAAGUUCUGGGUUACUUCCUGAAACACCUUGGACACAAGAGGAAAGUGGAGAUCAUGCACACACACAGCCUCUUCACGCUGCUGGGAGAGAGGCUGAUGAUGCACACCAACACUGUUUCUGUCACCACUUACAACACCCUGUAUGAGAUCCUGACAGAGCAGGUCUGCACCCAGGUGGUUCACAAACCUCACCCUGAGCCCGACUCCACUGUGAAAAUCCAGAACCCCAUGAUUUUAAAGGUAGUGGCCACCCUGCUGAAGAACUCCUCUCCCAGUACAGAGCUAAUGGAAGUCAGGAGACUCUUCCUCACCGACAUGAUAAAACUCUUCAGUAACAGCCGCGAAAACCGACGCUGUCUUCUGCAGUGCUCGGUGUGGCAGGACUGGAUGUUCUCCCUCGGAUACAUCAACCCCAAGAAUCCAGAGGAGCAGAAAAUAACCGAGAUGGUGUACAACAUCUUUAGGAUCCUCCUAUAUCAUGCCAUCAAAUAUGAAUGGGGAGGAUGGAGGGUCUGGGUCGACACCUUGUCCAUUGCACAUUCAAAGGUGACCUAUGAAGCUCACAAGGAGUACUUGGCUAAGAUGUACGAAGAGUACCAGCGUCAAGAGGAGGAAAAUAUGAAGAAGGGAAAGAAGGGCUCUGUCUCCACAAUCUCUGGCCUUUCGGCUGCGCCUGCCCCCGUCGUCAAUGGCAACCUGGAAAUUGAUGACAACUCCCAAACGCAGACGCCAGAGAGUGAGGCUGAGUACAGCGAAGGAGCUGUGGGGGACUCCCGCAACCUCCUUGCCGAAGGGGCUGUGAAGCGGCCCAACGGAGAGGCUUUGUCGCCAGGGGAUCAGGGCGUCGGUCCAGGUGUCAGAGUGGAGGUCCAUGACCUUCUGGUGGACAUCAAAGCUGAGAAGGUAGAGGCUACUGAGGUGAAGUUGGAUGAUCUGGAUCUGUCUCCAGAGGGACUUGGUGGGGGUGUAGGCAGUGGGGGAGGCGUAGGGAUGGAAAAUGGACCUCUGGUGGAGGUAGACUCCCUCCUGGACAGUGCCUAUUGCUCUGUGGUUCAAAACCUCAAUGGGAGUUUGGCCUCCAAAGACGACACGUCAGGUUCGGGAGUUGGAAUAGGAACAAACCUGGGGCUUCCAGGAGUGAGCCUGGAGGACGAUGGGAACAUGGGUCCACUCAUCACACUAGCUGAUGAGAAAGACAGUGUUCCAAGCAACAAUGGAUUUCUCUUCAGUAAGGUUGACGAGAAGUUACUUCCAGCUCUUGCAGCCACAGACCCCCUUGUAUUGCCAAGUCCAGACCAGCCAACCUCCUCAGCCACAGCAACCCCUCACUCCACCACCAGCGCCAGCGAUGACCUCAGCCUGUUAGCCCACAUGACUAGUUGCGGCUCUGACUUGACGCAGACGCAGAGCCUAUCUUCUGGGAAACUUCCUGAAGACGGGCCCUUCAAGAUCCAGAGUCCUCUAGCCGACAUUAGUUCAAUCGCCGAAGCUGAGAGCCAAAGCCAGAUGAAAGCAGCAUCUAGAUCAGAUUUUCCAGACGGAGAAGGCACAGCGGCCAUGGAGGGAGAGUGUUCAGGGCUCAAGACCGGAGGGGACACAGUCAGCACCACCUCUGAUACAGAGAGAUCAGAUGAUGGAAAGGACAAGGACAUAAAGAAGAUUCAAACAACAGCAACCACUCAGGCCCUACAUGGUCGUUCUGCCGCUCAGCUGGAGCGAGACCUGCGUGUUGAUCUGGGCUUCAGAGGAAUGCCAAUGACGGAGGAACAGCGGCGGCAGUUCAGCCCUGGCCCACGCACCACCAUGUUCCGCAUCCCAGAGUUCAAGUGGUCUCCAAUGCACCAGAGGCUGCUGACUGACCUGCUGUUUGCUCUGGAGACCGACGUGCACGUGUGGAGGAGUCACUCCACCAAGUCGGUGAUGGAUUUCGUGAACAGCAAUGAGAACAUCAUCUUCGUGCACAACACCAUCCACCUCAUUUCUCAGAUGGUGGACAACAUCAUCAUUGCCUGUGGAGGCAUCCUACCUCUCCUGUCAGCCGCAACUUCCCCUUCUAGUUCUAAGACUAGUGCCAACGCUACGGAGUUGGAGAACAUUGAGGCCACACAGGGCAUGUCCUCUGAGACAGCGGUCACUUUCCUGUCUCGCCUCAUGGCCAUGGUAGACGUCCUGGUGUUUGCCAGCUCCCUUAACUUCAGCGAGAUCGAAGCGGAGAAGAACAUGUCUUCAGGAGGGCUGAUGAGGCAGUGCCUUCGCCUUGUAUGCUGCGUGGCCGUUAGGAACUGCUUGGAGUGCAGGCAGAGGCAGAGGGACCGCAGCUGCAAGUCCUCCUUAACCAGCAGCAAGUCGCAGGACAGCCUCCUUCACAGUGCCUCCACAGCCAGCAAGCAGGAUCCAGACAGACUCCUGCAGGAUGUAGACAUCAAUCGUCUGCGAGCUGUGGUUUUCAGAGAUGUGGACGACAGCAAGCAGGCCCAGUUUCUGGCUCUGGCAGUGGUUUACUUUAUAUCAGUUCUCAUGGUGUCAAAGUACCGGGACAUAUUGGAACCACAGCGGGAGAUCGGCAGGUCCACCAGCCUAUCAGGGCGAAGCAUUCGCCACGAGAUCAACUCACCCACCAGUACAGAACACCCCUUCUCUGACCGGGAUAAACAGACCCCCACUCCAGUGGAUGACUCUCCUCGAGGUGGCCUCCCCCACACAGACUCAGGCAUCGGGGAGGAAGGCCACGUGGCCGGAUCCCUGAACGGCUCGGAGAUGGGCCUGGGUCUGGGUCUGGGCCUGGUUGGGAGAGAGACAGACAGAGACCGAGACAGAGACAUUGGAGGGGGCGGGGGAGGCAGUGGGGGAGGAGGCGCAGAUCUGCUGUGCAGUCUGUCCGACGUUCGAAGGUCACAGGAGAGCCUUCUGGAUUCGCCUCACAACCCCAGCUCCACCCCCAACUCCAGCCAAGCUCCGCCUUCGUCCAUCUCCAGCAUCAGUCAGACAAACAAGGGCAUCAAUGUUAAGGAGAUUUUAAAGAGCUUGGUGGCGGCUCCCAUCGACGGUGCAGAGCUGGGACAGGAGUCCGGACCGACCCCCUACCACCCGGACCCCGCUCUGAAGACGCAUCCCAUGUUACCGAUGCAGUUUCACUCCUUCGACAGGAGCGUUGUGGUUCCGGUGAAAAAGCCUCCUCCUGGCAGCCUGUCCGUCAACACGGUGGGUACGCCCACCACCAGCGGGGCGGCCUCUGCCGGCAGCACGCCCAACAUUUUCGCUGCUGCCACAGCGACACCCAAGAGCAUGAUCAACACCACAGGUGCGACUGACUCCGCCUCCUCUUCCUCGUCCUCCUCUUCGUCGUUUGUCAACGGUGCGACAAGUAAGAAUUUACCAGCCGUGCAAACAGUGGCGCCCAUGCCAGAAGACACCAUGGAGAACAUGAGUGCCUAUUGUGAGGUGGCGCAGUGCGCGCUGCGCAGCGGUCAGACGCCCCCUGAGCUCAAGUCUUUUAGCUCUCUGGCAGGCUUCCAGGCAGCCCCCCGAGAUGCAGGACAGUGUUUUAGUAUCACCACAAAGCUGGAGCGGGCUUUGGAGAAGGUGGCCCCCCUGCUGAGGGAGAUCUUUGUGGACUUCGCUCCCUUCCUGUCCCGGACGCUGCUGGGGAGCCAUGGGCAGGAGCUGCUCAUAGAAGGUACAGGUCUGGUGUGCAUGAAGUCCAGCACGUCUGUGGUGGAGCUCGUCAUGCUGCUCUGUUCUCAGGAGUGGCAGAACUCCAUUCAGAAGAAUGCUGGACUAGCUUUCAUCGAACUCAUUAAUGAAGGAAGACUCCUUUGCCACGCCAUGAAGGAUCACAUCGUGCGUGUGGCCAACGAAGCUGAGUUCAUUCUGAACAGACAGAGAGCUGAGGAUGUGCACAAACACGCCGAAUUUGAGUCUAACUGCGCUCAGUACGCUGCAGACAGGCGGGAGGAGGAGAAAAUGUGCGAUCACCUCAUCAGUGCGGCGAAGCACCGAGAUCAUGUGACUGCCAACCAGCUGAAACAGAAGAUCCUCAACAUCUUGACCAAUAAGCACGGAGCGUGGGGGACAAUGUCACAGAGUCACAUUUUACUCCUCAGCCAAUUACAUGACUUCUGGCGCUUAGACUACUGGGAGGACGACUUGAGGAGGAGGCGAAGAUUUGUGAGGAAUCCCUUUGGGUCCACUCACGCUGGAGUCGCUCUCAAGUCUCUGGAUGAAUAUGGUACGGAGGAAGAGGAGGAGGAGCUGAAGACCAAGAAAAGCUUCCGCAGUCAGUCUGUGGUCACGCAGAACCCGGAGGCGGAGCUAAUGCUGGAGGGAGACGACGACGCUGUCAGUCUGCUGCAGGAAAAAGAGAUUGACAAUCUUGCCGGCCCGGUGGUUCUGAGCACGCCGGCUCAGCUGGUUGCUCCGGUCGUGGUGGCUCGAGGAACGCUCUCCAUCACCACCACGGAAAUCUACUUUGAGGUGGACGAAGAGGAUCCUACCUUCAAGAAAACGGACGCCAAAGUACUGGCUUACACAGAGGGUUUGCAUGGUAAAUGGAUGUUCAGUGAGAUCCGGGCUGUGUUCUCCAGACGUUUUCUGCUGCAGAACACCGGAUUGGAAGUCUUCAUGGCUAACAGAACAUCUGUGAUGUUUAACUUCCCUGACCAGGCCACAGUCAAAAGGGUGGUGUACAGCCUUCCACGGGUGGGGGUGGGAACCAGCUACGGAUUACCACAAGCCAGACGUAUUUCCUUGGCGACGCCUCGUCAGCUCUUCAAGUCGUCCAACAUGACGCAGCGAUGGCAGAGGAGAGAAAUCUCCAACUUUGAGUACCUCAUGUUCCUUAAUACUAUCGCAGGGAGGACCUACAACGACCUGAACCAGUACCCAGUCUUUCCCUGGGUCCUGACCAACUACGACUCAGAGGAGAUCGACCUCACUCUGCCUGGUAACUUCAGAGACCUUUCCAAGCCAAUCGGUGCCCUGAAUCCCAAGAGAGCAGCGUUCUACGCUGAGCACUAUGAGUCUUGGGACGAUGACAGCACGCCCCCUCAUCACUACACGACCCUAUACUCCACUGCUCAUUCCACGCUGAUGUGGAUGCUCAGAAUAGAGCCCUUCACCACAUUUUUCCUUAACGCCAACGACGCGAAGUUUGACCAUCCGGAGAGAUCCUUUUCUGGUAUCGGCCGCGCUUGGAGGAACUGCCAGAGGGACACUGCUGAUGUGAAGGAGCUGAUCCCAGAGUUCUACUACCUCCCAGAAAUGUUUGUCAACAGUAACGAGUUUGAACUGGGCUUGAGAGAUGAUGGAAUUUCUGUGUGCGACGUGGAGCUUCCCAUUUGGGCCAAGAAACCUGAAGACUUUGUUCGAAUUAAUCGCAUGGCGCUGGAGAGUGAGUUUGUGUCAUGCCAGCUUCACCAGUGGAUUGACCUGAUAUUUGGUUACAAGCAGCGAGGUCCAGAGGCAGUCCGGGCUCUGAACGUCUUCAAUUUUAUGUGCUAUGAGGGCGCUGUCAACUUAGACAACCUGGAGGCCGUGCAGCGGGAGACAGUUGAAAACCAGAUUCAAGAUUGCGGUCAGGUCCCCUCACAGCUGCUGAUUGAGCCACACCCACCUCGCUCUUCAGCCAUGCAUCUGUGUUUCCUUCCCCAGAGCCCCCUGAUGUUUAAGGAUCAGAUGCAGCAGGACGUCAUCAUGGUGCUCAAGUUCCCCUCCAACUCCCCGGUGACUCAUGUUGCUGCCAACACGCUGCCGCACCUCAGCAUACCGGCGGCCGUCACCGUCACGUGCAGCCGGCUGUUUGCCGUCAACCGCUGGCACAACACCGUCGGCCUCCGUGGAGCUCCGGGAUACUCCCUAGAGCAGGCUCAUCAUCUACCCAUCGAGAUGGACCCGCUCAUAGCAAACAACUCAGGCGUAAACAAGCGUCAGAUCACCGACUUGGUGGAUCAGAGCAUCCAGAUUAACACUCACUGCUUCGUGGUUACCGCUGACAACCGUUACAUCUUGGUCUGCGGCUUCUGGGACAAAAGCUUCCGAGUUUACUCGACUGAAACAGGAAAGCUGACCCAGAUCGUUUUUGGCCACUGGGACGUGGUGACGUGUCUGGCUCGGUCAGAGUCCUACAUCGGAGGAGACUGUUACAUCGUGUCGGGCUCCAGAGACGCCACUCUCCUUCUGUGGUACUGGAGCGGACGGCACCAUAUUAUAGGGGACAAUCCCAACAACAGUGACUAUCCUGCUCCCAGAGCAGUGCUGACAGGACACGACCACGAGGUGGUGUGUGUGUCUGUGUGUGCGGAGCUGGGGUUGGUUAUCAGUGGAGCCAAAGAAGGCCCGUGCCUCGUCCACACCAUCACUGGGGACCUGCUUCGGGCUCUGGAGGGUCCGGAGCUGUGCCAGCGACCUCGCCUCAUCUCGGUGUCCAGUGAGGGACACUGCAUCAUCUACUAUGAGAGGGGUCGAUUCUGCAACUUCAGCAUAAACGGAAAACUGCUGGCACAGAUGGAAGUCAAUGAUUCCACACGGGCCAUCUUGUUGAGCAGCGAUGGGCAAAACUUAGUGACCGGAGGUGAUAAUGGAGUUGUGGAGGUGUGGCAGGCGUGCGACUUCAAACAGCUUUAUAUUUAUCCAGGCUGUGACGCCGGCAUCCGCGCCAUGGACCUUUCGCACGACCAGAGGACUUUGAUCACUGGGAUGGCCUCUGGAAGCAUCGUGGCAUUUAACAUAGACUUCAACCGCUGGCACUAUGAACACCAGAACAGGUACUGAGGUGGACUGCGAGAGGAAGAGGAGGACCGUGGAGAGAAAAUAAGAAGCGAUACAUUUGGAUGUGUAUCUGCAACGUGGAGGAACCACAGGUGCUGAGACAGAGAAUUAAAAACAACAAAAAAAUGAAACAAAAAAACAACAAGAGAACUAGACCCGAGGCUCUACACUUGCUGCUUUGAGGCGGAGAGCUCGCUGGUGGAAACGACUUCCUCUGUGCAAACAUGUAUGUAAAUGCACAUGAAAACCCACAGACAUCAUACCCAGAAGAGACGCACCAAACCCGGCUAAUACAGUAGGAUUGCCGUGUGGGGGGGGGGCGGGGCAAAGAGCAAGUCUUAGCAGAUCGUGCAGAGCUGGACCCCCCUGGUACCACUCACAGGACAGGCGGACUGAAACUUAGUCUUUUCCUAAUUUAUUUUGCAAACAUUUUCUUCCAGGCUUAAUUUAGGAGGUAAUUCUUAAAAUGUUGAUUCAUCUGAAACAAUAGAAAGGACAUAAAUGAGCACCCCCCGCCAUCCAAAAACCGGUGCCAUUGGCUCGAUUUUAAAUUCACCUUUGACAAAUGUUUGCUGCUGGUGUUGAUUUUGCUGUUUUAUCUGCCUGAGUUCAUGUUCAGUUUACCAACAGCAAGGGUUCGAUCUGAUUUCCAUGUAAAUACGACUCUGCUUCCUUUAGAGUCACUCUUUCACAACACCAACUGUGCUUCUCACCUUUAAUUUAUUAAUGAUUUGCUGUAUGUAAAAUACUGUGUAAUAAUUAUGGAAGGGUUUGAAAAGAUGGACCGGCUUGGAGAACGGCGAUUGGGAGAUUUAGAGGCGUUCCCGCCGGCGUCACCGAGGACGACAAACACAACUCUGACAUGAUUUCCUUUGUAUAUUUGGUGAUUGUUUUGUCAAAUAUGUACAUACAGUUUUCGUUCAGGCUUGGCAGGAGAUUCAACUGAAGAAGACCGAAAGAAAACCUUCACACUUAACCCACAUUUGUUUAAGAUUUGAAGAAGAAAAAAAAGAUCAAAUCAAUGUCAAAGUUUGUUUUGUAUUUGCACUUUGCACCAAUCACAUAUCAUUAUUUAUUAGCUUGGUUCUUUCUGGUCGGCCGCCCUUUUUUGUUUCGGUCCAUCUUUUCGUUUUUUUUCCUUCUGGAUUAUUUGUGCAUUAAUGUGUGUAUUUAAGACGUGUGAUUCUCAGUUUUACAACAUCCCAGCUGUAAGCAAUAUCAUGAUUUUUGUAGCUGUUAGAGGCUGGUGGGAGCAGACAAAAGGCAGGCUGACAUCUAGGGUGUUCUGUAUGUGUGAAGCCAUCUCGAUCAAACGCGCACAUGCACAUACUCAAUCCACAGGUUCAACUUACUUAUCCAAAAAAAAAAAAAAGGUUAAAUAUUUUUGGAUCUAUGAAACCCUAAAAAAAACUAUUGUAUUCAUGUUUUAUUGCAAAGAUGUAAAUUAUGACAUGCGUGAGUUGGAAAAAAAAUCAUAAGAAAAAUAAAAUAUGCAAAGAA